CCUCCCACAGGCCCUGUCCUUCCCCCUCCCCCUCCCGCCUCACUCCCACCUGAGCCCCCACGGCUGGCCGGGACCCCAGGAAGGGCCCAAGCGGCUGAGGCCCGGCUGCGUGGCCACGUGGUAGACACGCUUCCCGGAGCAGGUGGGCAUGACGGUUGCCCAGGCGGACCGGGCCUCAGCGGGGGGGAGGGGGGGGUGCAGGAGAGAGCUGCUGGGCCGGCGGGGGGCAGCCCUGGGUGCCGGGGAGCCCAGGGAGAGGCCACCUGGUGGCUGCAGGUGGGGCCGCCUCCGCACAGGGGAGCAGGCCGGCUCCCGGCCUGGGAGGGAACGGCCGCGAGGCCAGGAGGCCAGUCCUGCUGCACCGGCCACGGGAUCCCAGGCCAGGCCCACCCGGGGCCCCAGUACGUGGGCCUCUGGGACUUCCAGGCCCACACGGACGAGGAGCUGAGUUUCUGGGCGGGGGACCUGCUCCGCGUGGAAGGAGGAGGACUGUGGGGGGCCGUGCUGCUGGAUGUGGCCGGCAGGGUGGGCCAGGGCUACGUGCCCCACAGCUACCUGGCUGGGAAGGGGACGGUAGAGUCUGAGCCCUGCUGGGGCCCGGGCGAGGGGUCCUCCUCCUGCAGGGAGACCGGCAGUGCCAUCGGACACAGCACGCUCUCACAAGAUUCAGGGUGUGCUAACGAUCAGGGCGGGCGUGGGGCCCGGGGCCCCGGGUGGGGGCUCCUGUUCAUGACGCCUGAAGGAACAGGGACCAAGGGCAGAGCUGGGCAGUCACGCCCGGUGGUCCAGGGCUGGUCCUGCCCCGUGCCGGCGCGUGUGGGCGCCCGUGGGCCUGUGUGCGUGAGCACCCUGCUGAGCCUGGCCACGCGGUUGCCGAAGCCCAGACCCCGGGGUCCCACUCAUGUCCGUGGGAUGGGAGUGGCUCUGACCCCACAGGUGGCACACCCUGGGCCCUGGGCAGGGGGCAGCGGUGCCUGCAGCCCUUCUGGGUCACUGCGGCCUUUCCUGGGGUCCAGCCCGGCCCUGUGGCACAUCCGGGGUCUCCGAAGGCCAGAGAAGUGGCCGUUGGGCAGGGACGGGAUCAUGGAGGCUGUGAGUCGGGGAGUCGGGGCGCAGCUGGGAGGAUGUGGGGUCAGCAGCCCCGGACCGCCCCGCCCCGGCCCAGGUGGCUCGGCCGCAUCUCGUGCUCCGAAGCGCCGCACCGGCUGCAGGCCGAGGACACCCCGGGCACCUCCCUGGUCGGGGCAGCGAAAAGCCGGGCGCCGACUACGUUCUCUCGGGUACGGCCUCCGCGACCCUUGGCGCCAGCCCGUGGCCCCCCGCGGGACUCAGGGUCCUCCCACCCGGCCCGCCCCCUCGGUCUGUGUGUCCGCCCAGACUCCCCCAGGGCGGCUAGUUCCUGGGGCCCCGGACGCGAGCGCCUCUGUCCCCUGCGGUGCGGGACAGGCGGGCCAUGCGGCCACGUCCUCCCGCGGGCUGCCCGAGCUCCCGGAGCAUCACCGGACCCGGAGUCUGUCCCACGGCCCGCGGCUGACCGUGCCCUGCUGGAAGCUCGAGCCCAAGCCCCUGCCCCGUGAAGGCUGGGAGAGGCCGCGGGGGGAGUUCACGCUCUGCAGGAAGCUGGGGUCCGGCUACCCCGGGGAGGUCCUCGAGGGGCUCUGGAAAGACCAGGUCCGCGUGGCUAUCACGGUGAUUGCUCGAGGUGACCUCCUACACCAGCACACGUUCCAGGCGGAGGUCCAGGCCAUGAAGAAGCUCCGACACAAGCACGCCCUGGCACCGUAGGCCGUGGCAUGGGGGGACCCCGUGUACAUCGUCACGGAGCUCAUGCCCAAGGGGAGCCUUCUGGAGCUGCUGCGGGACGCCCACGAGGAAGCCCUGCUCUCGGAGCUGGUGGGCCUCGCGUCACAGGUGGCCGAGGGCACGUUGCUGCAGUCGCAGCACUACACCCACCGGGACCUGGGCCGGAGCGCCCCCGUGGGGCCACACGACAUCUGCAAGCCGGGGACUUCGGGCGCCAGGCUCACCAAGGAGGACGUGUACCUCUCCCAGGACCCCCCUGACGCCCCCUCCCCAGCGCUUUACUCCAUCGGAUCUGACGCCUGGUCCUUCGGGAUUCUCCUCCACGAGAUUUUGAGCAGGGGGCAGGUGCCUUAUCCGGGCAUGUCCAACCACGAGGCCUUCCUGAGGGUGGACUCGGGCUACCGUGGGCCCUGCCCCCCCGAGUGCCCACCCACCGCACACAAGCUGAUGCUCUCGUGCUGGCACAGGGACCCCGAGCAGAGGCCCUGCUUCAAAGCCCUGCGGGAGAGGCUCUCCUAUGUCACCAGGCCCACCCUGUCCCGGCGCAGUGGAGGCGUGGCCCCUGCUGUCCUCCUGAGACUCUUGGACGGUGCCGCAGCUCUCCACAGCCAACGCCAAUUCCAGAACCCUCCAGCGCCUGGUUACCCUCCUUCCUAAAGGGCCCAGGGCUCACCCUGUGCCAUGUGGCCCAAGCCUCCUCCUGACUGGGGGGGGAGGGACAGAGACUUCCCAGGACGGACUGUUGGCUCAUGGGGCUCUGCUGUCUGCCAGCCGGGGCUGGGCGCCGUCCCUGCCUUCCUGCCAUGGCAAUCAGCAGCUGGAGGGCCUCAUCUGGACACAGCCCGAGCAGCUCUCAGGCGACCCUCUGGGGCCCCUAGCCACCCUGGGUCCAUCUGAUGAGGUGGGGAUGGCCUCCCUAGCCAGCCUCCUGCCUGGACAGAGCAGACAGGACGGGGCUGCAGCCCCAGGGAACCGCAGGCUCUGCCCACACCUGCGAUUGCUGGUGCGCAGCUAUUUAUAGCCCACUACGGGGAAGAGGGGCAGGAGCGCAGCCAGCAGAGCCCCUGACCUCCCUCCCGAGGCUGCCCUCUCCUGACCAGCACAGCCGGGCCAAUCUGCGCUGGCCGCUGCGGUGUGUGGGCACUGCUUGUGCACCUGGCCCGCCCGCCCAGGAGGACACGAGCACAGGCUCCCCAGGUCCCUGGUUGGAGCUGGUCCACAGCUGGGUCACCUGUGAGGAAUGGGACACCCCUUUACCCCCUUGCCACUCAGCGUUUUAGUUUUGGCUCCCUGUACCCAGGACGUGUCCCACAACGGCCUAGAAGAGGCACCACCG